CCGUUGAGGCAGCUAUGGGCACCGAGAAGUGCGCAGAUGCGUGCGGAAAGUUGCCUAGUGUCUUUGAGACGCUAGUGGAUUAUCCCUAAGUUGUAGCCGCAAAAGGAGAGAAUAUCGGGCAAAAGCGGCAACAUAACAGUGUCCGAGAGCCAAGCGACCCGUCGAGCAGCAACAGCGGACUAGACGUGAGCCCCCAGCAAAACGUUCGCGGCCGACGCGGCCGCAUUUGACGUCAAACGCUGCCAGAUCCGGAUCUGCCGGCGAGGCGCCCGCGACGCCCGCGCGCCGGCCCGAGACGACGCCCGCGGCCGCCCCCCCCCCCCGCCCGCAGCGACCCCCAACCGCCACCGCCGCAGGUCUCCGUCAUGGCGCGCUCCCUGAGGCUGCUCCUCGCGGCGGCGGCGGCCGUCUCGGGCUUUAAGCAGUUCUCGAACUUCAAACUACCGUCCAUCGGCGGCGUCAAGGCCGACCUCGAGGCGCGGGCCAAGUUCGGCGACAAGAAGCUCGUUGUGGUCACCGGUACCAGUUCUGGUUUGGGAAGGAAGACCGCCCGCGCUUUAGUAAGGACGGGCAAGUACCACGUCGUCGGGGCGGUGAGGGAUGUGGACAAGAUGGCCGUCGUCGCGGAGAUCGAGGACUUUGACACGGACCGGUUCACGGCGAUGGAGUGCGAACUGAACUCGUUCGAGUCCGUCCGGGACUUCUGCAAGAACUUAGAUGCAUGGCGCUGCAACAAGCCCAUCGACCGCUUGAUCUGCAACGCGGGCGUCUACCAGCCGUCGCUCCCCUACGCGAAGUGGUCCGCGGACGGCCACGAGCAGACGAUGCAGAUUAAUUACCUGUCGCACUUCCUGAUGAUCUCGUUAUUGAUGCCGGACAUGGUGCGGGCGCGCGACCCGCGGGUUAUCCUUGUGGGUUCGGUGACGGGCAACGACAACACCGUGGGCGGCGGGGGCGUCUACCCCAUCGCGGACCUGAAGGAAUUGGAAGGCCUGAAGGCCGGCGCCAAAAAUCCCAUCAGCAUGUUCGACGGCUACAAUUUUGAUGGAGCUAAAGCUUAUAAAGAUUCGAAGCUUUGUUUGAUGAUGACGUCGAACUUGCUCCAUGACAAGUACCACAAGCAGACGGGCAUUUCGUUUUCGUCCAUCUAUCCCGGCUGCAUCGCGGAGUCGCCGUUGUUCCGAGAGAAGCGGCCCUGGUUCCGGAAGUACUUUCCCGUCUUCAUGAAGUAUAUUACUGGAGGUACAAUACGGUGUGGAAAUUGAACCGUACGCCAUCGACGCGAACGUUCGUGCCCCGCAGGCUUCGUCGGCGAAGAAGAGGCGGGCCUGCGCCUCUUCCAGGUCGCCCACGACCCGCGCUGCGCCAAGUCCGGCGUCUACUGGUCCUGGAACGGCGGGCCGCGCGAGGGCCGCGGCGCCGAGGCAUUGGAGAAAGGGGGUCAAAUCACGGGCGGCGGCGGCGCGGGCGGCGGCUGGGAUUCGAUCUACGAGAACGACCAGUCCGACAAAGUGCUCAACCAGGACACGGCCUCGGACCUGUUCAAGUACAGUACGAUCGUGACCGGCGCCGAGUGGCCGCCGGCCAAUCAGCCCAAGUCCCCCUGCCCGACGCUCAAGGUGAUUGGUGCGAUCACGGCCUACCAGAACAAGAAGGAGGAGCUCAAGCGGAUGAAGCAGGGGCCGGGCAUGGUCGCGGGGAAAGGCAUUGUCAUUACCGCUACUGCGGCCAAGGCCGUGGACGCCGGUUCGAGUGUGUUAUUAUUGCCGUUGCGCGUGCUGCAGCGCGUCUUGCUGGGCAAGCUGCCGGAGAAGGCGACGUCCGGAAGUUUCCAGGAGACGAAGGUCAAGAGGAGAGGCGGGUUGCUGACGUUCUGGCGGCGGCAGCCGGAGGUCGUUGAAGAGGAGGCGGUCGUCGCGGAGGUCGAGGAUGAGCUGGAUCCCGAGGUCGAGGCGAACCAGCGCCUACGCGACGAGCUCGAGGAGGAGCUGCGCGCGAAGAUCCAGGCGCAGGCGGCGAUCGACGGCGGCCUGGCGCCGCCCGACGGUGAUGAUGAAAUGGCCGCGCCGGCGGGCGAGCUCGAGACGUCGCGCUGAGUUCUCUGUUUCCCCCUUUCGUGUUCCCCACCCCUGUCGUCGCUACGGCGGCGGGGAUAUAUGAUUGAAGUCGUAAAUAUACA